UCUUUUUUUUUUAAUUAACAUUUUUAUUCUCUUCUUUCUGUGUGCCACUGAUUUGUGAGUUACGACUGAAAGACAAGGCAGGGAUUGCAUCAGGAAUGCUGGCAGUUGAUCGCUCUCCUCCUCUGCGCAGACAGGGGGUGGGGUACCGGCUGAAGGGAGGAGAAACGGGGGGAGGAUUUGGGAAUAUUCUUUGUCCUCACCCCGCAGUACAGCGCGCAACUGGAGCGGAAAAGGACGCAGGCUCCUCGUAGGAAAGUACGAAAACUGCAUGGCUGUUAGAGCCACUGGAGCAGGAGGCCUUGCGUUCGUUCAAGAGAAUAUCCGAGGAGAAACCGCGCUAACUUUAAGCGGCGCGAGGCUAAAAGCACAACUUGAGGUUUGAGAGGUUCCUUCUUGUUCCAAAAUGAGCUGGAGUUUCCUCACGCGUCUGUUGGACGAGAUCUCCAAUCACUCCACCUUUGUGGGCAAAAUCUGGCUCACGCUCCUCAUUGUCUUUCGCAUUGUGCUGACAGCAGUCGGAGGCGAGUCCAUAUACUACGAUGAACAGAGUAAAUUUGUGUGUAACACAGGCCAGCCUGGUUGUGAGAACGUGUGCUAUGAUGCCUUUGCGCCGCUAUCGCACGUUCGCUUCUGGGUCUUUCAGGUGAUCAUGAUCACCACCCCGACCAUCAUGUACCUUGGCUUUGCUAUGCAUAAGAUUGCCCGCAUGGACGAUGUUGACUACCGCCCCCGUGCCAAGAAGAGGAUGCCUAUAGUUAACCGUGGGGCCAACCGGGACUACGAGGAAGCGGAGGACAAUGGGGAGGAGGACCCCAUGAUCCUGGAAGAGAUUGAGCCAGAAAAGGAGAAGGAGGUUGUGGAGAAGCCUUCCAAAAAGCAUGACGGACGCCGUCGUAUCAAGAGAGACGGCCUGAUGAAGGUCUAUGUCUUUCAGCUGCUAUCCCGUGCCAUCUUCGAAGUAUCAUUCCUUUUUGGACAGUACAUCCUUUAUGGGUUGGAGGUGGCACCGUCCUAUGUAUGCACACGCUCCCCCUGCCCACACACUGUAGAUUGCUUUGUGUCACGUCCUACAGAGAAAACCAUAUUCUUGCUCAUCAUGUAUGCCGUCAGCGCCUUAUGUCUGCUGUUUACCAUACUGGAGAUCCUUCAUCUCGGCAUCAGCGGUAUUCGCGAUUGCUUUUGUGCACCAAGGUCUCGGCCUUCUACUCCCCGUCACCCAGCUCUGGCCAGCCAGAGGUCGUCCAUCUGUCGCCAGCCCUCUGCGCCUCCAGGCUACCACACAGCUUUGAAAAAGGACCCAUCAGGAAAAAUGGCCUUCAGGGACAACCUGGGAGACUCGGGCCGCGAGUCCUUUGGAGACGAGGCAUCAUCACGGGAGCUCGAGAGGCUGCGCAGGCACCUAAAACUGGCCCAACAGCACCUGGAUUUGGCUUACCAGAAUGAUGAGAACAGUCCGUCGCGCAGCAGUAGCCCAGAGUCCAACGGCACUGCAGUUGAGCAGAACAGACUGAACUUUGCCCAGGAGAAGCAGAGCAGUACAUGUGAAAAAGGUCUCCGAGCAUAGGAUAUCGUCAGCCAUUCAUAUCAGGAGCCAUGACCGCACAUAAGGGAAUCAACAGGGAGUACGUUUGCGUCUGAUGUUGUGAGUUUGCUUGAGUUGAAUGAAGUCAGCCCAAGCCUUCCAGUGUUACGGCCAGGCAUGGCUGAGCAUAAAGUCAAGCAAGGAGAAGAAUGGUUGUCUCAACCCAGCAAUACCUGAGACCAACCUGUCUGAAGAUCCAAAGUGAUUACAAACUAUAGUUGUGCAACAAGAACCGUACUUCUCCCUCAGGGCAGCUAUCUUUUUUUUUUUUCUUUCUUUUCUUAUUGUGAGACUUAGAGCUAUUAGCGAUUUAAGAGUUGUGUUUGCAAGUUGACAGUGGGUGCAUCUCAAGUUUGCCUUAGACAAUAACUGGAACUCCAAUUUAUGGCACCUUGGUAAAGUAAGGCCAGACGUAGUGCAACAGGAUGUGUUAAACUAGAGAGAGAGCUACAGUCAGUGCCUGUAGAUGCAAGAGGCUAAUGUGCAAGGCACCACUCAUCAAAGAACGGUACUGGAGUUAUUGUCAUAUUGAUGAAGACUUUCUGAAGCGUUAAUUUACAUACAAAGGUUUCUUUUAAAGUGUGUCAUUUGUUGCAUUUUCUUUCUGACAGUGUUGACAGUGCACAACACGUGCCUGGUUUAGUAACUGGCACACACUUGGGGAACCUUUGUCCAAAGGAAUAAACAAACCUGGGUAAUGCUUGAAUAAAACCUGUAACUCAUGACGAUGUCUUGUUAAAUUGUAUUUGAUACUGUUAUUUUUGUAUUAGUUUAGAGUAUUGUUGUUUAGAUUUAGGCUCUUGUCACGGUGGCCAAAACUUUAUUUUAUCUAAUUUACUGCUGUCUUAUCUCCCUGAAGCCUGGUUCAGUUCAUGGUGUGACCUGAAUAUGGUUUGGUACAGUUUUGAGUUUGACAAAGUUGUUUUCCUGUUUACUUUUUUCUCUGAAGCCCACAGCAUGUUUUAUUUGGUACAUAAUUUUUUUUCUCCUCACCCCAUCGACCUAAAUUGAUAUGUACCGGUUGGUUAAAUGAGGGAUAAUACUGUACUGUUCCGUUUACGUUCCAUGUGUCAAAGUGCUGAUUUCUUGGUUGGAGUUUGCUGACAGUCUUAGAGGAUUGUAAAUGAUGUAAUCAUUUCAAUGUGAAUUCAAUGGCUUGAAUGCGCUCUUUAAACACGCCAGCUUUUAUACUCUGAAUUGUACCCACAGUGCCGUUUGUACCGACAUAGAUAUUGUCAUCUCAAGUUAUAUUUGAACAAUGCUUUUUGUACUUUUUUUAUACUUUUUUGUAUAAACAAUACAUUGUGGUUAGUUUUUAAAAUAAAUGUUUUUCAGCAAAACA